GUUCUAGCACGUUUGCCUUAUGCUAUAAGAUCUUCGUUUUUGUCCUUGGAACAUUUUUCUGGUUUCGAGAACCGUCCGUGGUAUGGCUAUAGGGACGCCGGAACGGUCGGUCUUUGUUCAAGACGACAGUCUUACAGCAAUGCAGACCCCUCGCACCAUUCGUUAUUUAGUGGGGAGGGUAACAUGCUCCGAACAAGAACAGCAUGCACCUUUGCUGCGCUCUCGAUCUGGGCAACUUUUCGCUUGAGGCGUUCUGUGACCAUCUUGGGUCAAGUGUAGUCGUUGCGCGACUCGUCGUUGUGUAGUUCGCCAGUGGCUCUGUCAUGGUGGAAGAACAUUGCUAUGUACGUGUUGUGGGGCACGCGAAACUUGGUCGCAUACUGGAAUUGACACGAGACGUCAAAGCUGGUGAAAGCAUAGUGACCGAGCGGCCCGUGAUUGAAAUAGACAAUGCAUCAACCCGGGACUUCGCAGGGAGAACAAUUGCCAACGCAUCAUAGUACAACCGUGCAUUCCAUGCUUUAUGUGACACCCAAAAGUCAUGGUUGAGGAAGUUCGAGUACAACCAGGGCAAGACAGAUAGCUCGAUGAUGCACGAGUUGCCUUUUCAAGUGGACCGUUUCCGCCGCAUCUUGAGCGUGAACGGUCACAGUUACGAUGGAGGGAAGAAGAUAGCACUGUUCGAGCACAUUUCGAUUGCCCAGCACGCUUGCGAUUCGAAUGCCCAAUAUUCCAGCAUCGCAGGUUUGGGUGUUUCGCGCUUGUUCGCCUUGCAGGACUUGUCAGCAGGCGACAGCGUGAAGAUCUGUUACUUGCCACGUUGUGGACCGUUGCGCGUCUGGCCCCGUUGGGCACGGCAAAAUGAGUUGAACACUCAGUUUCAUUUCUGUUUCAUGUGCGACUUGUGUAAUUCUCAAGAAUCACACAACCCUUCGCGAAGAUCGAUGGAAUUCUCCCAGGCGUUGCAGGCAUUGGACGAUGCUUGGGGCGACAAAGAAGCGUUCUUGUCGAUGGCGGAGGAACUUAUCAGGACGACGGCGUUUACCACAAGCUCCAGACGCACAAUUUGAUUCGUGAGUUUCACAUCAACUAUUUCUACCAGGACCCAGAGGGCGAUGCACACCUCAUGCCAGCGUUGGAGCACUUGGCGGCGUAUUUCGCUUUGUUCCCGGAGGGUGAGACCGUCUUCAGCGGCUUAGGUGCUCUCGCAUUUGUGUUCACCGCCAGCUCGAAUGUGCUAUCUGGUUCGCGGAACGGCGGUGACACAAAAUGGUUUCGUGCAGUGCAGCGUUUGUGGGUUCGCCUUGGUGGCGCCGUCUACAAGGGUUGGGGGGAACGAGAUCCAGAUUACCAAGAGCUUCGCCAAGCCUUCGGAGAGCCCAGUGGUACGUUGUGCUCUGCUGGCGAUGUUGUCAGAGCAUUGCGAGAUAUACAAUAUUGUGGGCACUGCGGGGGGGCCAGCGUGCUGAAGUGCGCCCGUUGCCGUGUCGAGCCUUAUUGCUCGCAGGAGUGUCAGCGACAAUGUAGGUCAUCGCAUAAGAAUAUGUGCCAACCCCCAUGAUGGCACAACAGAGUCAGGUAGUCGAGCAGAACAUCGCCUUGUUUCUUCAGGUCAGCAUCACUUUCUG